GGAACGGUCCUCUCGGCUUUUACGAAGUACACCCCUCCACCCCGCAUCGCACCUUGCGCGUCACGGAUUAGUUCCCGCAUCUUCAUCUACAUCCAUCUGUACACCCAACACCAUCUUCUGGCUCAAUAAAAAAAUCCGCAUGCACACUCCACGAUGCCAACAAACGCGGUCAGGAAUCUGCACGGCAAAACCGUGCUGAUCACGGGCGCGUCCUCCGGUAUCGGCCGCUCCUGCGCCUUCGAGUUCGCGCGCACAUCACCCCAUUCCAUCAACCUCAUCCUCACAGCACGGCGCGUGGAUAGAUUGCACGAUAUCUCUCAACAGAUCAUCUCAGAGCUAGGCAGUGGCGUCAAAAUCUACGUAGUGCAACUCGACGUCAGCAAGCCCUCUGAAGUGUCACAACUAUUUCGCGAUCUGCCAGAAGACUUCAAAGAAGUCGAUGUUCUCGUCAACAAUGCGGGAUUCAUGAGCGGGUAUGAGCGUGCGCCAGAUAUCCCAAAUCAAGUCAUUGAGGAUGUGUGGGCGACGAAUGUCACGGGGUUGAUUCAAAUGACGCAGGAGUUUCUCAGGAUUGCGAAGAAGAGACCGGAGGGUGGGAGGGGAGACGUCAUCAUGCUGGGGAGUAUUGCGGGGAGGGAGGCAUAUCCCAGCGGCUCGAUCUACUGUGCGAGUAAAGCGGCUGUGAGAGCUUUCACCGAGGCGCUGAGGAGAGAGUUGAUAGAUACCAAGAUUCGGGUUAUUACUGUUGACCCAGGGCAAGUCUUCACGGAGUUCACUAUAAUACGAAACAGAGGUGACGAAGCAUCUGCAGAAAAAGUUUACGAGGGCUGCAGUCCAUUGACUCCUGAAGAUGUCGCCGAAGUCAUCGUCUUUGCGGCCAGUAGAAGGGAAAAUGUCGUGGUGGCGGACUCUAUUCUAUAUCCGAAUCAUCAGGCAUCGUGGCAGGAUAUACAUCGCAGAGAGCAGAAGCCACACAAUUAAGAGCAUGGUCUAUUGGGGACUCACACUGAAUCAUAUUGCGUGGCCAUGAGUUUGAGUUUCGGGGUUGACGCGUUCCAGUUCUCGCUGAGCCAGCAUCUCCUGCCGUUCCAUCGGGAAACCUUUUCUUGCCAUGCCAAUAGGGUAGCUGGGAACCAUGUCUUCUUGCACUUCUCCUCUUACAC